AUGAGAAGUAUUUAAGUCCUUUUAUAAUUAAAAGAAUCUUAAGAAAUAUUCAAAAAAAUAUUUAUUUAAUUUUUUUAUCAUAGGAUGUCAGCACCAUUUUAUACAGUUAAGGAUGUUCCUGCACAAGACUUCAUUCGUGGAUAUGCAGAGUACUUAAAGAAAAAUAAUAAAAUAAAAAUCCCAGAAUGGGCAUCUAUUGUAAAAACUGGUCUUGGAAAAGAAAUCUCUCCAAUUGACUAAGAUUGGAUGUAUGUUAGGGCUGCAGCACUUGCAAGAAAGAUUUAUGUCAGAGGUCAUUGGGGUGUUGGUAAUCUGACUCACAUGUUUGGAUCUGUCAAUGACAAUGGAAAACAUGAAUCAGGAUCAGGAAAAGUUAUUAGAUAUUUGCUCUAACAAUUGGAAUCAAUUAAAGUAUUGAAGAAAGACAAUAAAUCACUCCUAAAGAAAGGAUCUAGAAUUGUUACCAAAGAAGGAUAAUAAGACUUAAAUAGAAUUGCAACUUAAGUAGCUUUGGCUGCAAGAAAAUGAUUAUUAAACAUAAGUACAUUAAUAUAUACAAAUUGUCACGUGUUAACA